GUCUGACCACGUGCAAACCUCUCUCCCUACAUACCGACAACUAGUACUCCGUAGUGUUGAGAGGGCGGAGUAUUCACAGACCACGUUACCUCCAUGCGAGAUAUUGAAGGCACUAAAAUUGUUACAAUGAUCCAAGGCUUCUAAUUCUUGAAGAUGUUGUCCAAGGUCUAUCAAUGGACAUGAGGUAAGUUCGGCCGGCAAUGAUAUAAAGGUCGUUGAACAACCCGACGACUGGACGAACCGUACCAUCAUCAACGAAGCCCCUUUGACCACAUUCGCCAGAGACAUUCACAACCACCGAGAUUCAUUUGAUUAAAUUUCGUCUUAACCACCCACCACAUCAUCUAUUCAAGUCGCUCAAGCAAGAUGCACAUCAAGUCAACGCUUAUUGCUGCUCUCCCAGCCCUGGUGGCAGCAGCACCAACUGGGAGCUCCGGCCAGAAUCCUGACGCACCAGCGACCUUCCCAUCAGCAUACGGUCUUGUCAUUGGCUCUGACAUCCAGCCCUUUCACUUUGAAUCCAUCAACGCCAACAGUGGCAAGUUUUGGCUCAACCUGCCGCAAACCGUCACUUCAUGCCCAGCCAGUGUUGCUGUUCAAGGAUCAUGCCCUCCUGGAAACGAGACGGUGUUCCGCUCUGCGGGCGAUAUGGCCACUUCGGUGCCAGGCGGUCAACAGGUCUAUGUCUUGCCAUCUGGCGAGAUCCUCUUCACCGGGGCACACGCAAACGUUGUUCCUGAAGGUGCUGUUAGCUCCCCCUUUGUGUACGAGUACACGCCAGGCGCAGAGUAUGGAGAGGUGACCACGUACGCUUUCGGUGCGGAUGGAUUCAUGGCCUGCCCAACGCAUGGUAGCAUCGCCUACCAGGUAUAUGCCAAUGUGCCCAACGCAUGGGUACCACUGGGUGAUCCGUCCGCCUGUGUCUCCGUUGCUGCGUUGGCAAUCCCCUACAAUAAUGGUACCAUCGCUGCCUGGCAAUAUGACUAGAUCUGAGCACAAGGUGCAAAGGCGCGGUUGUGGGUUUGCCGAAGUUGACGUGUCAAGCGAGAGAGGAUACUGCCAGGAGUUGCAUGGAUUUUAGAUAUGUUUUGCAUAGCACAGGUGUGAUUUCUGUGUGGGAAAGUAUUGUGGUAUUACAAGUAAUUCGAUAUUGGAAUCAAGUUUAUUUCUAGACAGUCCAUGCACGCUGGUGAUGAC